AUAAAGAGAGUCAAAUCUCUCUUUUUUCUUCGUUCGUUGUGAAUAAAACCGUGUCUGUAAUAACGAAGUAUAAGAAACUUCAAGCGGCUGUUUACUCGAACUAGCGAUAUCAGGAUGAGAACUUAACAAACAUUAUCCGUUAUCGACGGGUUAUCGUCAUCUCGCGCCAUGUCGCGGCCGUUUCAAUCGAUGAUGACAUUUAAUUAGUCCGAUGUGUCGGUCGAAAUUGGUCCGAGUCGUAGUGAGUAUCGUUUCGCGCGCGACGUUUUCUUCUCUUUCUUUUUCAACUUUCUCAUCAUCAUCAUCGCGAGGCUGUAGACGCAGUUGCGUCUAUCGCGCGGAGGAAUCGGAGAAUAAAGCAGAAGUGCAACUGGCGUGCAGCUGGCAUAGCGGCGCGAUAAAAUGCACGGUGCGCGCCUCUCACCGUCGUCUACGAGAGCGUGAAUAACGUGUGCUCCACGUAUCCGCCGAGGAUACUCAUUGUCGGGGCGCGUGCUAAGCCGCACAGAACGACAACGAAUAAUUAUAGCGCAACACGAGCUCUCGUUAAUUGCCGGCCGCGCCGUGCAGUCUUUCCCUAUCCGUGAAGAGAGGAGAGGCGCUCAUCAACCUGCCCCGAGAGGAUCAGCUGCACAACCGGGAGAGAUCGAUGGCCAUUCUUCGUGGGUUAAAUUGACCCAAGUGAAAAGUUAAGGACUUUUGGUUUAAAUAACCAAAAAACAGGAAGAUUUUACGAAUUUUUUCAAAGUAAUGUACAAAGACAUCAAUAUAGGGAUUUAAUGGUGAGAGUAACAGUGGUUCUCUCGGCGUCCCUCUUCGCUACAGAGCAGCGAUCUGCAUGAAGGGCACCAGAUAGGACCACGCAAGGAUGAGGCGGACCGACCAUGACGGCUACGCUGCGCGGCAAGGGCCGCCGCCUUUCAAGGUGCUGGCCGUCCCCGACGUCGCUUACCUGUCGCCGGGGCCACCAUCUUCGACGCCACCGCCGCCGCCACGCGCACCCGAGCCCUACAAGGUCGCUCCGUCCACGACGUCCUUCGGCAGGGCGCAUCGGCGCUCCAGCUUCGUGAUCCUCGCGGAGGCCAGACCGGCGACACCGGAGUCCGGCGAUGGCUCGCCCCCUCUACCCACCGGCAGGGUCUCGCCCUUCCGCGGCCGCGGCUUCAAGGGACCACCGCCUCGCUCGAGGCCACAAUCCCCGGAGGUCGCCGCGGACGGACGAAGACGCAGCAGAGUCGAGCGGAGGGUUUCGGUGUCGCAGCAGAACAGCCCCAGGAGGAGCCUGAUACCGCAGCCGACGUAUCGUCAGCGGUCCACCUCGCUGACGAAAGUCAACGACCGUUCACCCUCUCCAAAGAUCAGCCGGCGGGUCGACUCCAAGACGCGGCUGAACGUCUCGAACUCGCGGGACCGACUGAACGCGAGCGAUGCGAAGUCGACGCGGCUCAACGACUCGAGGACGCGUCUGAACAAGCCCGACGCCAAAAGUCGCACGAGCCUCGGCGAGCCCAGGCCUCGUUUCAUCUCCAACUCCACCAGCAACCUCAGCAGUAAUUCAACAACUCCGGGGCGUCGGCAAACGACGAGGUUGUCGACGCGACUCUCGCCGAUCCAAGGCACCCCGACGAAACCGGAGAAGACGGCGACCACCACACAGGCCUCAUCGAAAGGGGAUCGCACGAGAGACUCUUCCAGACCGCCGCCUGCGAAGACGCCGAGGACCUCUCCGCAGAAGAGCAACGCUGCCACCCGAAGGGAUAGCCAGAACAGAAACACCAGCAAGGAGCGCGUCGUCUCGCCGUCUAAGAUCCCCUUGAAGACGAGCAAGAACGGCUCGUUCAUCACGCCGUCGAACACCGGCAGGUUCAUCUCCAUGCCCGACCAAGGCUCAGAAGCAGCCAAGAAGACGAACAAGACGGACAAGAUUGGCAAAGAGGGGAGGAACGACCAGCAGGCCGAUCAGUCCGUUCAGAACGGCCGGUUGUCUGAAGCGAAGGAAUUCGCUGAGGUGAACGGGAGUUCCUCAGGUCAAACGGAUGAGGUGGAUAUUAUGGGCCUCCUCAAACAGUCCUCUUCACAUGCAGCCGGCACGUCCAGCGAGCGUCUGGUGAACACCACCACGAGUACGGCGGUGAAGCCGUUGCACAUCGACGCGAACGCGCUCCUCGUGGAGCGCAACGACGGGAGGUCGAGCCAGCCGAAGGAGUGCGACGUGACCAAGUCCUCUGCCGCGUCUAAGGACGAGUCGCCGCAGCCGGUGUCGAUGCAGAACGCGGCCUCGACGAGCGAGAAACCCACGAUGUCGACGAUGGAGAACCAGGUGAGGGUGAGUCAGACGAGUAGUUCGGGAAACGAGAAGAGGGACUCCCCCGUCGGCACGGAGAGCACCGGGGGCCACUCGAAGAGCGGCAGCGUCGGUCAGCCCGUGAAGAAUACCUCCAGGGCGAACGGCGACGGUUCGACUCAUCAACGCCCCAGCAAUCAGUCUUCCGCUAAUCAGCGUUCCACCAGGAACGGUCAAGGCACUCGCGGUUCUAAGCCGGCCGACGGCAAGGCCUCGGAGCAGUCGGAAGUGACCUCGGCUCCGUCGGCGGAGGUCAAGAGCGGGUCAGCCGGCGGGGUUGGCAAAUUAACUGGCGGUCGCGAGGCUUCGGCGAGCGACAGGAUGCCGACGGUGAUGGAGAACGACACGAAGGCCGCGAGCGGGCAGUCGGAGAUGAGGAGCACCGCGGCGGCGGCCAACAACGCGAUGGCGAACAGCACAACGGCGACCAACAAGGUGAUGAAUAGCGCGGCGAAGAGCAACGACAGCCACGCGAGCAACUCCGCGGGCGGUGCAGUGAACGCGAGUGCGAACAGUGGUGCGGUCCGCGCGAGGAACGAGAACCGCGGCAGCGACGUGUCCUUGAAAUCCUCCACCGGCGUGUCCACGGACUCGAUCGAGAGCGUGAGGUCGACGGACACGGGGGUGAGCGUCAACACGGUGCGGGGGGUGUCCUCGCCGAGGGAGAAGACGGGGGUGCACGUGGUGAAGCGGCAGGAUAUCGAGACACUCAGCGGCAACAUCGUCUGCGUCGAGCAGAACGGCGAGCCAGCGGUCUUGGCCUCCAGCAACGAGAAGCAACGCGAUAGCGAGAGGCUGUUGACGCGUUGGGGAAGAUCUCUAAGUCGCUAUUGCAAGUGCUGUUCAGGCAUGAGGUGUUUAGCGUGUCGCAGAGACCCCAAGGGUCUCCUCUGGACUAGGAAUUCAGGGAGAAUGACGGUGAUCAGCGAGUCACCGCCGCCUGUUGCGGUGGCUGCACUUGAUGCGCCGCCGCCACCACCUGGAGCGAUUGCGCCGUCCUGCUGGUCGAAGCUGAAGACGCGGUGCAGAUGCACCCGACUGCGAGAGUUCAAGUGUUGCGCGCGGAGAUCCAAGGUCGCUCCUGCCGAGCCUACCGUUUGCUGUCCGCCGGAGAGAAGAUUCGGUACGAUCUGCCGUCGUGUGUUCGGCUGUUGCAGUUGUAAGCGCGCGGACAAGCAACAACGCACAAGAAACGUACGUGCCAAGCACAGUCUCACGAGCGUGGUGCCGCCGCCGCUGUCGGAGGAACCGAAGGCCAAGAUACCGGAUGUCCUGGUGGAGCACAAUUCCGUCAUGCGCGGCGCUAUUCCCUGCCUGCCGGUUCCUCUCGCCUGGUUCUGUCUGGUGUGGAACGUCCUGCUACCUGGCUCUGGAACCGUCUGGAGCGGGCUGUUCAAUCUGUGCACCGGACAGCCGAGAUUUUCUCCUGUCGCUGGACUGAAAUCACGACUGGGUGCGUUCAUCGUGAAUCUCGUCGUGGGCGUGGGCCAACUAUUCACCGUUUUAUUUUGCCUCGUCGGAUGGGGUUGGAGCAUUUGGUGGGGCGUUACGAUGGUUCGCUUAGCUAGGAAGUACAAGCGGUUCAGGGCUUCGGAAGCCGCCAGCAACGAUCCCGAAGCCAGAGGAGGCGAACCAGCCGCCCUGCCUCCCGGCGUGCCGAGUCAAGCUCUGCGAGGGAUAGAAAGGGCACGAUGAUGCGUCCUCGGCGAACAGGAGAGCGCGACCCCUCCGCGAUUAUCUAAGGAUAUUUUGUAUCUCGUUCGACGUUUUGUAUCCUCGCGCACCUGUCGAUCGCGAGAAUAUCGGCAGAAUUGUUCGCCACGAACGAAACUCGAGGCCUGCCGCGAUUCAAACAUCUUGUAUGAAAGACGGCGUCGUAGUUUGCGAAGACGAUAUCGCGAGACGAUUUAAUCAGCGAGGAAUUUUCUCGGCUGUGCGAUCGCGUCAAGGAGGCUGACGGCUCGGCGCAAUAACGUGUUAAGCUCGCCAGGAAACGCAAACGGGCGAGCGAUCGAAGAGAGCCGUAAAUUAUUGAAGAGGAACACUUUCUUCGCGCCUCUAUUUCUCGUGCAACGCACGUACCUCGCUAUUCCUGCAAGAGGGAGAUGUUUUUUUUAUUGGGAUCCGAAGGUACAGGAAAGAUCGGGACCUUCUCUCUUUCCGCGGUUUAGCAUGUUAUUGCGCCGAGAUCUUCGCUUUUGAUGCGCGAGGGAUUCCUCGAGAGGAAUUCCCUGAGAUUCUUGUGCAAGGUGUCUGUUAAGUCUCUGGUCCUCCUGGUCCUUCCUAAAAUUUAUGUUACGCAAAAAGAAAAAGGAAGAAUAUUUCUUUCGACUUUUGUGGGACGACAAUCUUCUUUAACGAGAUCUCCGAGCGAAUUGAUUUUAAGGCAGGUGCCCUUGGAAAUCUCUCGCGAGAAGGGCUGAGGGAGAGUUCGAGGAGAAGAGAUCGCGCGCAUAGUUUAGCGGCUCGAUAUCAGCAGCUUGUCUCUACAGCGCGCACGCAAGAUGGAUCCUCGUACAAAACAGACAGAGACUUUGUCGAGCACCCUGUAUUUUUCUACGCAGCGAAGACUUUCGUUCUCGUUGGAACGAAAGGUCCGAUUUUUGUAAAGCCGCCGCCAGAGCCGCGGCCUGUCGAAGAGCUUGAAGCUCGCGGUCUAUCAGAAUCCGAACGAGUCCUUGAAGAUUUAAUCGCUUUCAGUGAAAGCAUCUUUGCCGAGGCGUUCUUUCAAAAUGUACUCGUUGCGUCGAUGAGCGCGAUAUCUUGCGAAAAGCGGGUCGCCGGCGACGAUACUCACAUUCUAAUACGUGUGAAUUGUCCCGAGAAAGCGAGAUCUCGAAAUUCGAGGAAACUGGGACAAUUUCCCGAAAAGUCACCAAUCGCGAAACGCGAGUACCGAGAUAAAUAUUCCGAGAUACAAUUUUCCCGAAUUAUACUCUCCUAAAGCAAACUAUUUCAAAAUUUCGUGAGAGUAUCAAGCUUUCCUUAACUUCAGAAAUCAUCAGGAUGUAAAAAAAUAUUUCUCUCAGAACUUUUAAUUUUUUACAUUCUAUGUGCAGUGCAGUCAACUGUGCAGACCACAAAGAUGCCAAGACAAAUAAAUUUCCCAUUGAUAAUUAAUUGAUAAUUAAACAUGCGUUUUGCACACUUUGAGUAUAAAAAGAGUCAGGUUACAGACUUGGAAAAAUGUCCAGUCAAACGGAACGAAUCGACGGAAUAAUUACGUUUUGAAAAAACGCGCUUUAUAUUUUUACAAGUGCAACGUAAACAUACACACGAGUAAUCAACUACGCCGAUAUUAAACUUAUAUACUUACUUAUAUACUUACUAUACGCUCGUUCUCUUGUAAAUAUGGAAAUAUAUUACUUACAUCAAUUUUUCAUGUAA